AUGCCCGAGCUGGCUGUGGCCGUGGUCAAGGCCUGCGGCCACAGGUGGCAGUGGUCCCUUUGGGCCAUCGACCGCUGCGGUUUUGCUGCUGUGAGCUUGGCGGUCACCGCCUGCAAGAAUGGCCGGCAAUGGCAGCAGGCAGGGCAAAAGCUGCCUUAG